AUGGAGCCGGCCGGGCCCUGCGCCUCCUGCCCCGCCGGGGCGGCCCAGCCGGCGCGCUACACCUGCCCGCGCUGCAACGCGCCCUACUGCUCGCUGCGCUGCUACCGGGCGCAUGGCGCCUGCGCCGAAGACUUCUACCGCGACCAGGUGCUGGGGGAGCUCCGCGGCCGCAGCGCCUCGCCCAGCCGCCUGGCCCGCGCUCUGCGCCGGCUGCGCCAGCAACGCGAGACCGAGGACGAGCCCGACGCGGCAGGCCCCGGAGGUGGCCGCCCUCGCCGGGGAACUGGAGCGGCUCUGGGGGGGCCCCGUGCCGCCGGCCCCGAGGACCCUCAUCGAGGAGCUGCCUGGCUGAACGGAGACCGGUCGUUAAUAAAGCUGUGA